AUGAAGGGCACGCUAUACCCGCGGACCAGCACCGUCGGCGGCUGCACCGCACACAAUGCCCUCAUCACGGUCUACCCACACCAGUCCGACUUCGAAUACAUCGCCACGCUUACGGGAGAUGGCUCAUGGUCCCCAGAGAAGAUGCGCCGGUAUUUUGAGCGUAUGGACAACAACCACUAUUUGCUACCUGGAACUCCGGGUCAUGGGGAUAAGGGCUGGCUGAGUACCCAGACAGCACCCAUGGACCUUGUCCUCAAAGACCCGCAGCUUCUCAGCAUGUUACUAGGCGGAGCUUUUGCUCUGGGCAAUCAAACCAAUUCGGUCUUCAACCUGGGCACGCUCUUGGCUAGGGAUGCCAAUCAAGAUACCAAGUCGCGCGACACAUCUCCAGGCUACUACCAAAUUCCCAUCGUCACGGACGAUAGCCACCAUAACGGCCCGCGUGAGCAUGAUGGAUCCAAGAAGUACCCACUGGAUAUCCGCACUAGUUGGUUCGCCACCAAAUUCACCUUCGACCACUCUGUGAAUCCAGCUCGAGCUUCGGGCGUGGAGUUUUUCGACGGCCAAUAUCUCUUCCGCGCUAGUCCGCGGUCCAAGGAAGCUGAAAAAGGCACCCCAGGCACGGCCUCGACCUCGCACGAGGUCAUUGUCGCCGGAGCAGUAUACAACUCCCCGCAGCUACUGAAGCUGAAUGGUGUUGGCCCCAAGGAUGAGCUGCGCAAGUUUGAAAUCAACGUGGCACCGGACUUACCGGGCGUAGGAUCAAACCUGCAAGACCACCACGAGACCGCAGUCCAGGGUCAUGUACCCCCGGGACUGGGCCGCGCUGAAAGGGUGCACGCUGGGAGCCAACGGAGAGGCUGA